AUGUCUCCCUCCUCUACCCUGCCCAGUGUCCGCCAGCCAUCCAGCUUUGGCUCAGUGGACUGGCUUUCCCAGAGCAGCCGUGUGCGGCCGUCACACACCUCCAGGCCCGCUGAAUUCUCUUGGAGGAGUCUCUCUGCUCCAGCCAGGGUGUCCAGCAGCAGGGAGCUCCCUCAGACUGUGGGCAUGGGGGAGAAGUCCUCAGAAGUGUCUUCGCCAGGGACGCCCACGGCUGGGUGGAGCAAGGAGGCAGACGCCCUGCGGGCUCCCCGCGUGCGCACGGCCUUCACCGCGGAGCAAGUCAGCACCCUGGAGAGCGCCUUCCAGCACCACCGCUACCUGGGCCCCCUGGAGCGCCGGAGGCUGGCCCGGGAGAUGCGGCUCUCGGAGGUGCAGGUAAAAACCUGGUUUCAGAAUCGUCGAAUGAAACACAAACGCCAACUGCAGGACUCCCAGCUGAGCAGCCCCCUCUCUGGAGUGCUCUAUCCACCGGUGGCUUUCCGCCCACCCCCCUCCGCCCUGGGCAGUGGCUUGCUGCUGUGCCCUUGGGCAUCCCCGCCUGGGCCUCCAGCUCUGGGACAGCGCCCUGGGUCCUUUUGGGAUCUCUGCCAAGUGGAGCAAGCCUCCCUGGCCUUGGCGUGGGCCUCGUGCAGCCGGCAGCCUCUGAUGUGCUGUCUCCCAGACCCUGGGGGCCAGGCACACACGCUGGGCCCGGCCUUGUCCAGGGGGCCCUGGGACCUGUGUGCCUGCCCCAGCCCGGGGACGCCUUUUGAGGAGGUGUGA